GUUAAGCAGAAAAAGAAAGAGGGGUUGGUUCUCAUCUGCAGUUGCCGGUGGUAGACUCAUAUUCUGUGGACCACUCCCAUUAUAUCACAAUUUCCAGUCCUGGAAAAAGAUUCCACCUUCCCCCACUUCAUUAUUAUUUCUCUUCAUAUUUAAUAUCAACAAUCCCAACCAAGCAAGGACAAUGGGAUCGAUCACUUUACACGCAUUUCCCUCCAAAUGCUAUCCUGGUCCUCAUUGCAUGCCAGACGCUACUCUAACCAUGUCUAGUAGUGAGCUUGCCUGCGCCUACGCCGCCCUAGCUCUUUACGACGAUGGGAUUGCAAUCACUGCGGAUAAGAUUGCUGCUGUAGUAGCAGCUGCGGGGCUCUGUGUGGAAUCAUACUGGCCCAGCCUGUUUGCAAAAUUGGCAGAGAAGAGGGAUAUUGGGGACCUUCUUCUGAAUGUUGGCUGUGGAGGUGGCGCUGCGGCUCCCGUGUCUGUUGCUGCUUCUGCCGGUGGUGCUUCCGCCUCUGCUGCUGCUCCUGCUGUUGAGGAAAAGAAGGAGGAGCCGAAGGAAGAGAGCGAUGACGACAUGGGUUUCAGUUUAUUCGAUUAGGAAGCUCUUUUAUCCUACUAUUCAAUUGCAUUAGAGAAUGUUUGGGUUCAUCUUCAUUUUUCUCCGCUCAAUUGUCUCUAGUGUUUUUCUUUUUUCUUUUACUAGGGUAUUUAUAGUUGUCUAUUUGCCCUUCAUGUACGAUGGAAAAUUUAUAAGUGGAGCUUGAACAAAGCAAGGAAGCCCAGAAGGGGAAAAUGAUGGAAUCAUGUUAAUAAUAUUGCCAUAUAAUUUGUGGAAAAUGUAAAAGCCCAAUGCCCGACACCGUGGGCUUAAGCGUGGUGCGGCCUAGUUGCACCUUGUGGCUCAUCCAACCAACUACUUUUAAGGUAAUCAAAUUCAAUUUCACAACUGAAAAAGAAAAAAAAAGUGAAAUAAAAGAAUGAUCCGAAAUUUGUGAUAAAUUCAGUAAUUUACUCUCUAAGCGAUAGGGGAGAAGCUUCGAUAGGGGAGAAGCUUCGAUAGGCGUGUACGACUCUAUCAUGGAGAAUCGAGAGGACUCGAGAAUUGGGCAGCACGACACGUAAAUCCAAUGUAUUCCGACUCCUAAUCCACGUAACUCCAACCAUAGUUGUUCUUAUCCAGUCCACCCCGGAGGCUAAAUCCGGGCCGUGUGUCCAGAAUCGAUUGAGUGAUUGAACGUUUGAUGCAGUGGAGUCAAAGUGAAGGGGUCGUCCAAGUCCAAGCUUCUAGACGUCGCCCUCCCUAGAAGCUUCUACCUCCUCCUCUACUUAUAAGAGCUUCUCCUCUUCCCCGGUCCUCCAUCAAGUCUUAAACAUCGUACAGCUUUCUUGUGCCUCUGUUUCUCAUCAUUGUUUUAUUUUAUUGUCUGAUUCAUAAAGGAGCAAGGAUGAGGAAGAUCAUCUCUUUCUUCGGCUCCGGCAGUGGAUCCUAUGGACAGCCCACCAAGCUGGCGGAGGGCGCCGCUGAGACCGUGAGCUCCAAUAAAGAUAACCAAAUACGCACAAUUAAGGAGCAGCCCCAUAGGAAAAGGAGUGCCCAACCCAGGUUCGCGCCGGAGUUGGAUGGAGUCCACUGCUUUGAGACCAUUCUCCCUUCCUGAUGCCGAUGCCGAUGCCGAUGCCGAUGCUUGGAGCGUUUCCCUCUUUUCCAUUUUCUUCCUUUGUUACUACCCUUCCCUGGAUGCCUGCGUGUCUUCACUGUACAUUUCAAAUUUCGUUCAUCAACAUACAUCACACCUCUGCCGGAUUAAAUUUUUA